AUCAGGAGGACAAACAACAACAGCACCAUCAGGAGGACAAACAACAACAGUAUCACCUUUGUCUACUACACCAUUUGUUCACAAACCUGGGCCCUGCCAGGAGUGUUACUGUGGACCUAAUAAAGAUCCCGUCACUGGGUUGAACAUGAUUGGAUGCCAGCCUGUUGUCUGCAACACCAGCUGCUCUGAGGGUUACGAGUAUAUUCCUGAUCCUGAGAAGUGCUGCGGGAGCUGCGUUCAGAAGAACUGUAUUCAUGAAUUCGAUAAUGGCACAGUCAUUGUUAUGGAGCCCAACACCAGUUAUGUGCCGCCGGAAGACAAGUGUACGGAGUAUCAAUGUACAAAAGUCAACGGAAAGAUUAAGGUCACUGUGAUUCAGAAAACCUGUCCUCCUUUCAACCCCCUGGACUGUGAACCUGGCACUGAGACGACCGAUGCUAACGGAUGUUGCAGAUCUUGUAAGAUCAGGACCAUCUGUGAGCUCAAGACUACUGAGACCUACAUCAAAGUGAAUGACUGCACCAGUGAUCAGAUGGUCAGUUUGUCACACUGCGCCGGACUGUGUGGAAGCACAUCCAAGUAUUCUGCAGCAGCUAACAAAAUGAUGCACAAGUGCGAGUGUUGCCGGGAGGACGAAACCGAACAGAAAGAGGUGAACAUGAACUGCAACGAUGGCUCCAAGAGGAAGCACACCUACACCAAGGUGAAGUCAUGCAAAUGCACCGUGGCAGAGUGUGUGCCAGGGAGCGGGGGCAAGUAACAGCCCCGGCGGGAGCAUACCCGCCGUGGCUCCUGACUGAUCACUGGACUGACUUCCCUCCGAACACGAUACAAGUCUUAAUUUUAAAUCUUUAAACUUUUCUCAGAUUUUUGUUGUAUUUAUAGCUCAACAUGCUACACUGAUUAAAACUUCCUUCAUCUCAGGAUUUUUCUUCACUGAAAGUAAUUAAAAUUAUAUUCCUGCAAUACAAA